GUUAAGAGAAUCGGCGGAGAGCGCAAAUCUUGUUUGGUCUGGGUAUAACUAAAGUGUGACUUUCCGGUACAUGGAGGGUUAAAGGGAAGAAAACAAACAAACAAAAAAUUCCCAUUAGUUGUAGACAUGUGUUGCACACAAAUUAAAAGAAAAGAUCGAAGAAGGAUAUAUAAUUAAUCUUCGUCUCUGUCAGAAAUGGGAAGUUUACUGUGCAGCUUGUUUCUAGCCUUGAAUUAGAAAUAAGAUAUCACUAUUAGACUGGAGAUUGUUAUUAGUUUUUGAUAGUUUUAUCAUAUUAGUUUGUAGGAUGUUAUAGAUUUUAUAGGAAAAGGGCGAAUAUGUUAUAUUUAGAUCAAACCAGAGUAGUGCAUGUGUGUGUGCGUAUAGUGUGAAUUCAAUUUAGUAUACGGAGGUAAUUGGACAGAAACACCUAAGUGCAGCACUGAGUCGAUACAGGAUCAGUUCUCGUUAAUUAAGCGUCGGCGGCCGUGUGUGCGGCGGCAGCAUGGCAGGCAGGCGGCCUAUUAGUGGAGCGGCUCCGAUUAGAUGUGGUGGGCAGGAGCGCGCGCCGGAACCCGUCACGCCAGCAGCGCAGUGAAGAGCGCGCGGAGCGAGCCUGCUGAAAACGCACGCGCUCUGCCGUCACACAGCAGAGCGGCGCGUGGACUCCUACGGGGGAAAAAAAGAAAACAAACCACAGAGCGGAGUCAGGAGCGAGCUGAGAUCCGAACUCUAAAAAAACAACACACACACACACACACGCACAGAGGACGCGCAAGUUGGCUCGCGCGAGCCGCCACUCACUCCUCCACCGCUAACAUGCCUGCCGUCAAAAAGGAGAGACUGGACGGAGAAGACAUGGCAUUAGGCGCGUUCGCGCAGCCCGAAUACUUGGCCCCUUUAAAUGCCGCCGCGAUCCCUGUAGUGACCCCUCAUCCGCCGCCUUACGACCACCUCUUCGCCCAUCCGCGCGCCUACCUGGGACUGCGCGACACGCCGCUGCACCGGCAGCACCUUCAUCACCAACACGCGGACGACCUGAUGCUCGAGAGGUUCUCAUCUAUCCCCGACUUUCAGCCGUUCUUUGACAACGGCGAGCCGUGUAUCGAGGUGGAGUGCGGCGAGAACAAGGCACUGCUCUACAUCAACAAACUGUGCCAGGGCAGCAAGGGACCCUCCAUCAAACAUAGGGGCGAGUGGCUCACACCCAACGAGUUCCAGUUCGUCAGCGGCAGAGAAACGGCCAAGGACUGGAAGCGGAGUAUCAGGCACAAGGGGAAAAGUCUUAAGACACUUAUGUCCAAAGGAAUCUUACAGGUGCAUCCUCCAAUCUGUGACUGUCCUGGGUGUCGGAUUUCAUCUCCAGUGAACCGUGGGCGUCUGGCUGAAAAGCGCACCAUCCCUCUGCCGCCAACUCGCGUACCCAAGAAGGAGCUGGCCUCCGUCUUCAGCAGUGACGAGAGCGAGGGUGGCGAGAGAAGCAGCACAGACCAUGCUGACAUCAAGCAAGAAGAAGAGCUCCACUACACUACGAUGAGAAAGAAUAGUCGUGACAGUGACCUCUCAACGAUCAUCUCCAACCUGCACCACACCCGGCAGCACGGCAUGCCUGAGGGCCAGCCCUGCUCUGACAUCAGCCUCACCUCCACACAUUCAGAUGAUGUUCUAAGCAAGAAGAGAGCCUAUUCUCCGAGCAGCAGCAGCGAGUGCCCGUCUGACAGCAAGAAGUCCCGCAGCGUGUCUCCCAAAGAAAACUCACACACCCCUGCAUUGGAGCUGGUCAGUCACAUGACCCCGGAAGAACACUAUAGGCGGAUGAUGUCAGCGCUGAACGAACAUGGCUCUUACGAAGAGCAGCAGCAGCGUCUUUACCAGCUCGCCAGCAGCAUGGGCGUCCCCACUCACGAUCUGCUUCGUGUGCGUCAGGAGGCUCUGAACGCUGUAAGGAACCCAGGAGCCAUGGAGGCUCACCUCCCCUCUGCAGGCAGCUCCUCCAGCCAGAGGAGAAAACAAGGUCUGCCCCAGCACAGGGAUGCCCACUUCAGUGAGCGAGAUUUAUCCCAUCCUCCGCCACUACUGUCCCCGCAAAACGCCCCUCACAUCGCACUGGGCCCUCAUCUGCGGCCACCGUUCCUCGGCAUGCCCUCCGCUCUGUGCCAAGCACCAGCAUACGGUUUCCUGCAGCCUGCUCAAGCUGAGAUGUUUGCACGUCAACAGGAGAUGCUGCGCAAACAGAACCUCGCUAGAUUGGAGAUGUCUGCGGAGCUGCUGAGACAGAAGGAGAUAGAGAACGUUCAGCGGCAGCGCCUGUUAGCCGAGCCGCUCGCUCUCCAUCCGGGUCUGCCUGCAGAGCACCCGGCCCUACGUAGCCUUCACGACAUGCCUGACGACGUCACCCGCCGCAAUGCCAUGCUGCUUUUGCGCCACAACAACACACCUCUGCUCUCACUUAGCCACCAGGGGGCGAUGGUGAGCAGUGCCUUCAAGGAGUCCAUCAGCCGCAGGAACUUAAAGAAAGGUGGCACGGCGCAAGGGGAUGACCCGUCGCAGUCCAAGGGGCCUGGGGGAGACACGGACGGACAUGAUGAAGACAUGAAAGACUCGGAAAGCGACGACGAAGCGAGUGAGGAGCGGCCAGAGGGACAGGCUAAAGCAGAUGGGCACAGCUUGAGCUCAGAAGCUUGCCAAAGCAAGGACACGGCCAAGCCAAGUGAGGCACUCGGGGAAGGCUCGGACAGGCUCAGUGUCCCCUGCAGCUCGACAGCGCCAGAAUCACCCAGCCAUCAUCUCUUCGCACCAGGACUAAGCAAGAGCGAAGCCAAGUAUCUCCCACCAGGAGCACUGCCCCCUUUUCCCAUACUGCCAGGACAGACACUGCCCUUCGGCUUCCCCUACGCCAACCCUUAUUUCCAUGCCGGCGCCAUGGGAGGUCUGUUUGUGGACGGGGAGGAGGCGGCGGCGGCGGCAGAGGACAUCAGCAAGUGGAGUGUGGAAGAGGUGUGCAGCUUCAUCAGCAGCCUGGCAGGCUGUGGAGAGUACGCCCAGGUGUUUCGGGAGCAGGCUAUUGACGGAGAGACGCUGGCCCUGUUGACCGAAGAGCACCUGCUCAACCACAUGGGGCUGAAACUCGGUCCGGCUCUCAAGAUCCGCUCUCAGGUGGCCCGACGCACUGGCAGAAUAUUCUACAUGACCAGCUUCCCGGUGGCCCUCCCACUAGCACCAUCUGCUCUGCGCCCACCGGACCGAGACCCCCUGCCUGCAGAGACCCGGCCACCAUCGGCCCGUAGCACCGCCUCUCCGUUCAGCGCCCCUCCAGCCUGCCGUGCCUCCCCCAAGCAGGAAAACGGAAACCCCCCUACGGGGGCGGCUUAUGACUCCAAUAAAGCUCUCUCAUAGAGAAUACGAUUCAAAACGCCGCCUGCUUCCCUGUACGGCUGGAGCAGCUCUAAAGGAAGGAGACGGACACAGAGAGGGGUCUGGGGAGGGGGGUAGGGGGGGGGACAAGAGGAAGCGGAUGUCUUUGAACUAUUCUCCUCUUCCUUUCACAUCCCCACCCUUAAAAAUUCGGGGAGUAAAAACAAAAAAACAAAACAAAAAAAAAAAGAGCAAACUUUAGGACCUUUGCGCUGAGGCACUUAUAAUGUGGCAAGAAUUGUACAGAUAUAGAGCCUGAAACAUUGCAAGUCUAAACAGCUCCACCCAGUGCAGUGGCUGCGAAUAAACCAAAUCCAAAGAUGAGCAAAUGGGACCUGUGGACGAGACAGGAAGCAACAGUGUGUGUGUCUUGUGUACUGUAUGUGCGAGGUGAACGCGAUGAGACCGCAGCGCUUCAACGCCAUACGUGUGCGAGCGAGAGAGCCCCAGCCUUCUUUCACGGCACUCACGGCUGUGACGAACACUUGCAGUACCCCGAGCCUUUCAAAGCAGAGAAAUCCAACAUAAAAGGACAUUUAUUUUCUUGCUUUUGUCUUUCUUAAUCCAGCUUCCAGCCAGUUCAAAUCCCUAGUUCUGAGAAACAGAAUCAUCUUGACAGGAUUAAAACACACACACACACACACACACACACAUAAAUGCAGCGAGGAACUCAUUUGCUCUUCAUCAGUGCAACUAUGCAUUCCACAGUCCAAUACCAAAGAUGAAUGGACGUGGAAUUUCAGCUGAUAGCUUGUUAUUGUACAGUUUCUCGAAGUUUACCUGUGACAGAUAGAAAAGGUACAUAGCUGCUCCCGGGCUCUGUGCAGGGCGUUAAGAGAACGCAGAGCACUUAACACUCUCACGACCAAAAGCCAUGAUCCGAAGGAGCAGCCAAGAAAAAAGACUUUCCGGGUCCUUCGCUCCGUGCUGGUCUGCUGGUCGGGGGGGUUUCUGAUCUCCGGAUCUGCAGGCGUAGACGGCGAAUCAUACAGACGUCACGUGGGAGAAUGUUAUGUUGAAUUGUACAAUAAAAAUUGCUUUAGAGGAGAAUAUAGUGAAGGUAACAUAAGUGGUACUUUUUUUUGUUAAGUAUUGUUGCACGAAUUACAUUUUUUUAUUAUUAUUGAACAAAAUGUGACACUUUUGUUCACUUUUUUUAUUUGCUAUGUAUUCUUGCUGAAAUACUGAGUCCCGAUUUCAAAUGCUACUUAAGCAUAAAAAUACAAGGAAAAAAAAUAUUUAUAGGUUUUUUUUUUUUUUUGUUGUAGGUGGAUUGACAAAAAACAAACCGAAAAAAAAAAAAAAACAGCGUCUAAAUAAAUCAUCAUCUAAACGGAUCCCAAAGAAUAACUUUUUUCCUUUGUCUUUGUUGCAGGGAAAUGAAAGGCACAAAGCUCUUUAUGCAAAUGUUUUAAAAAUUGUUUUUUUUUCCUCUCUCUCUCUCUCCCUUUUUUUAAAUGUAAGCAAUGAAUUAAAAUCACGUCUAGAUUUUCCGUCUUUGUUUUGCCUUUAUCCUAUUUUUCUAUUCACCAAUGGGUGGAAUAAAUCCUAUGGAAAACUUC